AUGGAAGAUGUGGUGGACAUGGACAUGAGCCCUCUGCGGCCCCAGAGCUACUUAGCAGCUGUGGAGGAAGAUACAGAGUCAGAAGAUGAAGAGGAGGAGGACGUGAAACUCCUAAGUGUGUCUGGGAAGUGUUUUGCCCCUGGAAGUAGUAGCCAGCUUCCACAGAAAAAAGUAAAACUUGCUGCUGAAGAGGAUGGUGAAGACAACGAUGAUGAAGAAGAUGAUGAUGAUUUUGAAGAUGAGGGAGCUGAUGAAAAAGCUCCAGUAAAAAAAGGUCAAGAAUCCUUCAAAAUCAGGAAAAAAACUCCAAAGAUACCAAAAGGGCCUAAUUCUGUAGAGGCCAUUAAAGCAACAAUGCAAGCAAGUGUAGAAAAAGGUGGUUCACUUCCCAAAGUGGAAGGCGAGUUCAUUAAUUAUGUGAAGAAUUGCUUCCAGAUGAGUGACUAAGAGGCCAUUCCAGAUCACUGGCCAUGGAGGAAGUCUC